UGUGUGUCACAUUGACACGGCCUAUAUAUCGUUUUUAAAUCUCAGUUCGGAAUCAGGACUCUGUCCCUCAACGAAAUCCAGGGAUCAGGACUCCAGUCCCAGCUCCAGGAUGUUGCACAGCAGCUACAACCGGGCACCAAGGCGCAAGCUCAUCCCAAACCUGUUCAGCAACAUCCUGCAGGUGAUCGCGGAUGCGGAUCAUCCGCUGACUGAGCCCGAGAUCAUCGAGGCGGUUGCCGAUCGAUUGGAUCGCAGCGAUGAGGAGCUGAAGCGCCAGAUAACUGUGAGCCUCCACGAUGCCCUCAUCUACGGCUACCUGCGGGUGAAGAACUACCGGUACUCAAUAGUCCCCAGUCGCCUGGACCCCGACGACCAUCCCCACCAGCAGACGGUGCACCAUGAGCCCAGCUCCUCGAUCACCGCCACCGCGGAACACCAUCGGGUGCAGGACAGGAUCUCCAGCGGAACCAGUCACAGUCCCAGUCAGGAUAGGAAUCAGGAAGCCCCAUCCCCAUCCAAAAACCCUCAGGCUGUCAAAAAGGUAACUGCCGAGCCGGAAAAGCAAACAAAUUAACAUAAGAAAUUUUAAAUGGAUACCAAUAGUGUUUAAAUAA